GCGCUCGUCUGUGUGCCCCUCGCAAUUACCUGUUUCUCCAGCACUGAUGUGAGCGCGUUUUGGCGAGCACAUGCCACGCUGGGAGAAGAGCCAAACCUGAUCCUGAGCUGCCUUUUUACAGCACCACAAAGAGGAACCAUUCGUGAGGACCAUUUGAAUUGAAUCCACCUCCCAAAAAAAGAAAAGAAAAGAAAAGAAAAGGAGAACUCAACCAAGUUGUUCAAACAAACUGAGCCGACCGGGGAUCUGAGAGACUCGCAAGGAUGCACUUGUUGUCCGCCAGCUGCGUGUGCGCCCUCCUCAUCGCCGCGAUCCUGCGCCAAGCCAGCGGUUUGGUGACUGUGACUGGCCUGUACGGGGAAACACUCGAGAUCCCAUGCAACAAUGGAGCCUUAAAAGCAGAAGACGCUCAGCUCACCAAAUGGAAAUAUGACAAAGGAGAGGGACUUUCAGGAGACCUGCUGGUCAAGCAGAAAAACCAAAACGUCUCAAUCAGCGCCACUGAUGAAUACAAGGGCCGCGUGAGCAUGGCGGAAAACUCCAGCCUGCUGCUUUCUGCGGUCAAGCUGCUCGACCAGCGGACCUUCACUUGCAUGGUGGUAGCUGCUGCAGACAUCGCUGAGUACCCAGUUAAUGUGGUGAUCUACAAGAAGCCUGCUGACCUUAAGAUUUCUAAAACAGCGGAGGAACUAGAGAUUGGCAAACUUGCUAAGCUUGGAACAUGUGUUGCACAAGAUGCGAAUCCAGCUGCAAAUAUCACAUGGCUAAAGAAUAAUAAACCUCUUGUGGCUGAUGGGAAAGGGAUUUCCAUCCAAUCCUCGGUGAAGGUAGACCCUGUUACUGGCCUUUCGACCACCUCCUCCACACUGGAGUACUCAGCUAUAAAGGAAGACGCAGACUCCCAGUUCACCUGCAGCACUCAACAUCCUGUGGGGGCAGAGCUGCUGUCCUCUCCAGUGACCUUCAAUAUCACCUACUCCACAGAGAACAUCGUCUUGCAGGUCAUUGCUCAGGACCCUCUAGUAGAAGGAGACAGUGUGACUCUGAAGUGUGUGGCAGAUGGUAACCCAGCUCCUACCAGCUUUAACUUCAACCUUAAGGGAGAGUUGGUGAAAGUGGAAAAUGCAGAUACUUACACCAUCACGAAUGUCUCACGUAACACCACCGGUGAAUACAAAUGCUCUCUCAUUGACGACCCAAAAAUGGAAGCAUCUAAGGACAUCACAGUCAAAUACCUAGACAUCAAUUUAAGCCCCUCUGGAAAUAUCGUCAAGAGUGCAGGUGAGACCUUGGAUCUGAAACUCCUGAUUGAUGCUUCUGAAGAAUCAAAGGUCUCAUGGACAAAGGAUAAUGUUAAAUUGGACAAAGUGCCCAAGUUUACCAAGCUGGCUUACUCGGAUUCUGGCCGUUAUGAGUGUGUUGUGAAGAUGGGACUUCUCAGCCGAAAAGCUUCGUUUGAGCUGGUUGUCGAAGGUGCUCCAAUUAUCAGACAGCUGUUCAAAAAGCGCGGUGAAGACGGUCAACACAAAGUCUUGAUUUGUGAGGCUGAAGGUUCUCCUAAACCAGCUGUUUCCUGGAGCAUCAAUGGCACCUCGCUUGAUGAGAGUCCCUUCGUCAAUGGAAAGAUAACACACAAGAUCACAGUUGUGCCUACUGCAAAUCUGACUGUCUCUUGUACGGUGUCCAAUGAGUUUGGAACGGAUACCAAAGCUAUAAAUGUGUCGUCCUUAUUUGAGGAUGUGAGAGUGGCUAAAAAAGACCAGUUAGAGGACAGUGACCAAACCAAGUUGGUGGUUGGUGUUGUAGUUGGCCUCCUCGUCGCCACUGUGGUUAUAGGCCUGGCAUACUGGGUCUACAUGAAGAAAUCCAAGCAAGGAAGCUGGAAGACGGGUGAAAAGGAGAUUGGGUCUUCUGAGGAGGAGAAAAAACUGGAGGAGAAGGUGGAGGAGAACAGCCAAAAGGCUGAGGUGUAAAGAAACAGCAACCAUCCUUUGGGAAUGUGAAAGUGAGAACAUGGAACUUUUGCACAUUUCUCUUCACCUCUGUCUUUGGGGGGAAAAAGUGAGUGUACAUUGGGAUUUGGUUUCAGGGAGAAUUUUACUAAAAAGCAUAUCCAAACACGCCCCCAUCCCACUCCCCUCCAGCCCGUUAAAUUUUCACCCCUCCAUUCCUAAAAAGAAAAAAAAAAAGAAUGGAUACUGUAUGUGAUAAACAUAACUUGUCUGCACUACUGAUACAUGUGUAAACUUGUCUAAUAUUAGGAUUCAUGUUUGUUAGAAUGGAAUUUGAGAAGCCGAGAAAAUGCAGCUCUUUUUGGUUUGUGUAGUUGAUGCAAGUUAAAAUUAAUACUAGACCAGUUGCCUUUGCUGUAAGGAUGUGUAGGCCUGCAUUCAUCUGUGUCCGACUCUUUGGUCUUCGGGGACGUAGCAGGAACCGAGGAACACCUCCGCCAUUGCUUUUUACUUUCAUGUCAUCGCAGUCAAAACAGCCGCUGCCUUCAACUUCAGUGUACUAAAUCUGUUUGUUUGUACAUUCAUUUAAGUUUGCUCAUUCGGGUAUAAAAAAUAGAUGUUGAUAUUGAGAUGAACUUCCUGAAAGGGCUAAGGGUAUCAUGUUACACUCGGCAUUAGUUAUAGAUGGUAAUAUGAUUUAUAUGUUGCAUUGCAGGAAGUAGCUGAUGUGCUACAAGGUUCUUUGGUGUAACAUGAUUUUGUUUUGUUCUUUGAUUGUGUGUACCUCUUUGCAAAGUAACCAGGGGACAAAAUAGCAGAAACUUUGUUCGUUUUGCCUGUGUGUUUUCUUUCAAAUGUACUGUAAAUUCUACAUAACCACCGUAUAACACGAGCGGGUAGAUUGUUGAGAGAAUGUGUAGCAUAACAUAACUUCGUUGUUUUCCAUAAAGCCAUCCUCUUUUCAUACUUUUCUCAAAAUGCUGGAGCUUGUCGUAGUGAAAGCAUUUUUUUUUGUUAAUCUGUCAAGGCUGGAAGGAAAUCAGUGUUGAGGUCUAACUGUGUAUUGCGUAGCUGUGGCAUACUUUUCUAAUCGAGCACACAGAAAGGACACGAUGUUUUCCGUUAUGAUAUGUUCGCCUUCUUUUGAAAAUCUACCUGCAGUGGCUUCAAUUUGUGAUGUGCACUAGGGUUCAUGUUUUCCUGUCAGAAUACGUAGAAUACGAUGGCAUACGUGCAGCUGUACAUACCACACUUUUGGUCCUUUAAGAGCAUUUGCUAAGUUUGAAAAAAAUUACCAAAACCGGGAUGUAAUUGUGUAGUGUGUGGUUUUAAUUUUUUUUUUCUUUUUUUUUCUCGCUAUUUAUAUUGUACACAAUAAAAUGACCUGGUAGGCAAAUUCAGUAAUUGUCACAAAAUUCAUAACUUAGAUUUAAAUUGUUGAUGAAUGGCUUGCAGACUUCACAAAAAUGUAAUUAUGUUCUGAGUCAUCAGUAGGCUGCUUAGUGUCUGGUUGAAUAUAGAUUCAGCAUGUGAUAAUCUCAGACCUCCAAGCUGCUGUUUGUCGUCUGCCUUGUUUAAAACCAUCAAAUUGGAAGAAUGACCAAAGAAAGUGAACAUUGCCAUGCAAGUAUUGUAAAUACCUGAUGUUUGUUUUUGUACUUUUGUUUAAAAUAAAGUGUACAUUUGGAAAA